AUGGAGGUGGGGCAGAAGCCACAACACCCGGCGCCCUCCUCCAGCACCCAGAGGCUGCCUGCCCCCGCCGGCAGUGAGGAGGCGCAGCGCACUUCUACCACUGCAACCCGGGUGGACCUCCCCGGGACUGCCUUGCAGGUCCAAGAGGAUGCUGCAGCUCCCAGCCUUUCUGGAGGAGCAGACAGGGGCGGGGUGGCUGCGGCAGCUGGGGAUGGAUUAGGUAGACCGCUGGGUCCCACCCCAAGCCAGAGCAGGUUUCAGGUAGAUCUGGUCACUGAGAAUGCUGGGCGGGCUGCGGCUGCGGCUGCGGCGGCUGCCGCCGCAGCUGCUGUCGCGGGAAGCACCACUGAUCCCCCGAGGGAUGGGAGAGCCAGUGGCGAGAACGGAGCGGGAAAGAGCAGCGAGGAAGCCAAAGGCCGGUUCCGAGUGAACUUCGUGGAUCCGGCAGCCUCAUCAUCUGCGGAUGAGAGCCCCUCGGACGCCGUUGGGAUCGGGGGUGAGGGGGCUAAUGUUAGUUUCCAAAAUGGGGGAGAUACGGUGCUCAGCGAGGGCAGCAGCCUCCACUCAGGCAGCGGUGGCGGUGGCGGCCACCACCACCACUACUACUACGACACCCACACCAACACCUACUACCUGCGCACCUUUGGCCACAACACCAUGGAUGCUGUGCCCAGAAUCGAUCACUAUCGGCAAACGGCAGCCAACCUGGGUGAGAAGCUGCUCCGGCCCAGCCUGGCUGAGCUCCAUGAUGAGCUGGAAAAGGAACCUUUUGAGGAUGGCUUUGCAAAUGGAGAAGAAGGUACUCCAACCAGAGAAGCUGUAGUCACUUAUACUGCAGAAAGUAAAGGUGUAGUGAAGUUUGGCUGGAUAAAGGGUGUUUUAGUACGCUGUAUGUUAAACAUUUGGGGUGUGAUGCUCUUUAUCAGGCUGUCUUGGAUUGUCGGUCAGGCUGGUAUAGGUCUGUCAGUUCUUGUUAUAGCAAUGGCCACUGUUGUCACAACCAUCACAGGAUUGUCUACUUCAGCAAUAGCUACCAAUGGAUUUGUAAGAGGAGGGGGAGCAUACUAUUUAAUAUCACGAAGUCUGGGACCAGAAUUUGGUGGCGCAAUAGGACUAAUCUUUGCUUUUGCUAAUGCUGUUGCAGUGGCCAUGUAUGUGGUUGGAUUUGCAGAAACAGUUGUUGAGUUACUUAAGGAGCAUUCUAUACUUAUGGUGGAUGAAAUCAAUGAUAUCAGAAUUAUUGGAGCCAUUACAGUGGUACUACUUUUGGGUAUCUCAGUAGCUGGAAUGGAAUGGGAAGCAAAAGCGCAGAUCGUUCUUUUGGUGAUACUACUACUAGCUAUCGUUGAUUUUGUCAUAGGAACAUUUAUCCCAAUGGAAAGCAAGAGGCCUAAAGGUUUUUUUAGUUAUCAAAAUGAAAUAUUUACAGAAAAUUUUGGACCAGAUUUUCGAGAAGAUGAGUCUUUCUUUUCUGUAUUUGCUAUCUUUUUCCCUGCUGCAACUGGUAUUCUAGCAGGGGCAAAUAUCUCAGGUGAUCUUGCGGAUCCUCAAUCAGCUAUACCCAAAGGAACACUGUUAGCCAUUUUAAUUACUACUCUGGUUUACAUAGGAAUUGCAGUAUCUGUAGGUUCUUGUGUUGUUCGGGAUGCUACUGGGAAUAUCAAUGACACUAUUACCAUGGAGCUAGCAAACUGCUCUUCUGCAGCCUGCAAAUUAGGGUUUGAUUUUUCAUCAUGUGAAACCACAUCUUGUGACUAUGGACUGAUGCACAACUUCCAGGUAAUGAGUAUGGUGUCAGGAUUUGCACCUCUGAUUUCUGCAGGUAUUUUCUCUGCCACCUUGUCUUCUGCAUUAGCAUCUCUUGUGAGUGCUCCCAAAAUCUUUCAGGCACUGUGUAAGGAUAAUAUCUACCCAGCUUUCCAGAUGUUUGCUAAAGGUUACGGGAAGAACAAUGAACCACUUCGUGGCUAUAUCCUGACAUUCUUAAUUGCACUUGGAUUCAUCUUAAUUGCUGAAUUGAAUGUUAUUGCUCCAAUUAUCUCCAACUUCUUCCUUGCCUCAUAUGCAUUGAUUAAUUUUUCAGUAUUCCAUGCCUCACUUGCAAAGUCUCCAGGUUGGCGUCCUGCUUUCAAGUAUUACAACAUGUGGAUUUCACUGAUUGGGGCAAUUCUCUGUUGCAUAGUGAUGUUUGUCAUUAAUUGGUGGGCUGCAUUGUUAACAUAUGUUAUAGUUCUUGGAUUGUACAUUUAUGUUACCUACAAAAAACCAGAUGUGAACUGGGGAUCUUCCACACAAGCCCUGACUUAUCUGAGUGCAUUGCAGCACUCAAUUCGUCUUUCUGGUGUAGAAGAUCACGUGAAGAACUUCAGGCCUCAGUGUCUUGUUAUGACAGGUUCUCCAAACUCACGUCCAGCUUUGCUUCAUCUUGUUCAUGCUUUUACAAAAAAUGUUGGUUUGAUGGUCUGUGGUCAUGUACAUAUGGGGCCUCGCCGACAAGCUAUGAAAGAAAUAUCUAUUGAUCAAACAAAAUACCAAAGAUGGCUUAUUAAAAAUAAGAUGAAGGCUUUUUAUGCCCCAGUACAUGCUGAUGAUUUGAGAGAUGGUGCACAAUACUUAAUGCAGGCUGCUGGUCUUGGUCGAAUGAAACCAAACACACUUGUUCUUGGGUUUAAGAAAGAUUGGCUACAAACUGAUAUGAGGGAUGUGGAUACAUAUAUUAAUAUAUUUCAUGAUGCCUUUGACCUUCAAUUUGGAGUUGUAGUUAUUCGCUUAAAGGAAGGCCUGGAUAUUUCCCAUCUUCAAGGACAAGAAGAGUUACUGUCAUCUCAGGAAAAAUCUCCAGGUUCUAAGGAUGUCGUACUAAGUGUAGAAUAUAGCAGAAAAAGUGAUGCUGACACUUCUAAACCAUCUGAUGAGAAAAGUCCUGUUAUGCAAAAAGAUGAGGAAGAGGAUGGCAAGACUCCAACACAACCACUGUUGAAAAAAGAACCCAAAGGCCCUGUUGCCCCAUUAAAUGUGGCUGACCAAAGACUUCUUGAAGCUAGUACACAAUUUCAGAAAAAACAAGGCAAAAAUACUAUUGAUGUCUGGUGGCUUUUUGAUGAUGGAGGUUUGACCUUACUGAUACCUUAUCUUCUGACUACCAAGAAAAAAUGGAAAGACUGUAAGAUCAGAGUAUUUAUUGGUGGAAAAAUAAACAGAAUAGAUCAUGAUCGGAGAGCGAUGGCAACUCUGCUCAGCAAAUUCCGGAUAGACUUCUCAGACAUCAUGGUCCUGGGAGACAUUAACACGAAGCCUAAGAAAGAAAAUAUUAUGGCUUUUGAAGAAAUGAUUGAGCCAUUCAGGCUUCAUGAAGAUGAUAAAGAACAAGAUAUUACAGAUAAAAUGAAAGAAGAUGAACCUUGGAGAAUCACUGAUAAUGAGCUUGAACUUUAUAAAACAAAGACAUACCGCCAAAUCAGAUUAAACGAGUUAUUAAAGGAGCACUCAAGUACAGCUAAUAUAAUUGUCAUGAGUCUCCCAGUUGCACGAAAAGGUGGUGUGUCUAGUGCCCUCUACAUGGCAUGGUUAGAAGUUUUAUCUAGAGACUUGCCACCAGUCCUUCUUGUCCGUGGGAAUCAUCAGAGUGUCCUUACUUUCUAUUCCUAAAAGCCACAUCAUGGACAGUCCUAGGGAAAUGGCACUUCAUUCCCUAGUAAAGUGACUUGAAAUCUUCUGUGAGACACUAACAUCACAGUGGCAAAACAGUGACUUUUCUUCCACAGUUUCAUUGAUUUGUAAGCACAUAGAGAAGUUGCUCCAUUUGCAUGGUUGUGGAGACUUCGGUUUUAUUCCUUAUUGUUGGACUUAAGAUUUUUCUUUGCUAUUUGAAUAGCAAUAAAAGCGUGUUUUUAUUUUCGAUUGGUGAAAAAAAUAUAGAUUUAUAAAAGCCUUUUAGCCUUGAGGUGCCUUCUGAGAUUAACCAAAUUUCAUCCAUAUAUACCCUCUUUUAUAAAUUUAUAUAGAAUAUCAAACUCUGCCUUUUAAAUAAGACUGUAGCUCAAAUGUAAAUUGGUUUCUAGUCUCUUCCACCUUAAAAUGAA